AUGACUUGUCAGUUCUGUGGUGAAGAUCAAGGGGAUACCAUUCAUGUAAGUGUGGUGAAGUGGCAUGAUCUUCCUCGGGGUAUCCAAGCCGGCUGCUCCAGGUGCGCCUUCCUCAAUAAGUGUAUCAGUGCGGCUCCGUUUGAUACGCAGCAGAGCGAUCACAUAAACGUUCAACAAGGCGGCUCAUGCCAUGACUGGCACAAAGGGGCAAACACAAGUACAAACAUCGACAUAUUCACGCAAGAUGGUGAGACUCCCCAAACUCGGCACUCCAGCCAGUACUCUUUAGGAGAUAUCGAAUCUUGGAGGUGGUGGUCUAAUCCGCUGUGGCCCUCGUCUGUUUUGCCACCGCUGAUAAAUCAUGAGAUAGGCCAGGAAGAAAAUCCACUCCAAAUGCAGAAGAUGGCAGCACACCUUCCGGGAAGUACAAGCUCUGAAACGACCAUUAGGGCUAUCAAAGGUUGGCUUGAUGAAUCCAGUUCAAGUCACACCUGUCGUCGUAGAAACGGCAAGCAUGGACAUCAACGACAAGCUUUGCCCAAAAGACUUCUUCAAACCAGUCAUGAUACAGUUGGUUUGCAGGAGAACGCUAGGCAGCAACGUCAUGCAUGUCUGAGCUAUCGUUAG